AUGGACACCACCAAUGCUCAGCCGUGGAGUAGGCCGCCUGAGCAACUGGAUCCCAUGGCGCAAAUGUCGACCGACCUGGACGACUUGGGGAAUCUCUUCGAAUUCGGCGAAAUGGACCUCAGUCUGCAGAACAUGCCCUCGAAUCAAUUCGGCAAUCACAUGCGAGCACCGGGCACACAUCCCUCCACACCCUACGAGGAGAUGAAUGAGUCGGAGGUCAUAAUCGGCACGAGUGCGCAAGACUUCAGCGGUGUGCAUGGCCAGUUCGACAUGCCGCAGUUGAUGGAGAACACACAGCAGCGCCAGCCGCAUCAUUUGAAUGGCCAUCCGCAGACCACACAUCCCUACACGACUGAGUCCUUGUACCAGCCGUCCAUGCAUCAGGCCUAUCAUCCAAAUCAACAGCAAUUUCAAUACCAGAACAUGUCGGGCUUCCCCUCAACGCAACAUGUACCGCCGACACCGAACAGCUUUGAGAUGCACGGGGAGACUGCGCGCUUCAUGCAGCAACAGAUGGACCCACAGCAGAGGGCCAUUCUGGAGCAGAGAUACCAGCUGAGGAAGGAAGAUGCCGUGCGUAGCACUAACCCAGCAAGUACUCCCAGGUCGUGGCUGACUUUGCAUCAGAUUGCAUUCACGCCGAUGGUCUCCCCGGCAGGCACACCUCAGUUCAACGUGCAGCCUGAAUACACUGUUCCAGGGGCAUACUUCUCACCACUCACCUCGCCCAUGCUACAUGCGCAGCAGAACGGCCAGACGGCGCACCAGCAACAGCAGCAAGCACAGCAAGGUUACUAUGGGAACACGAGCACGGCUCCCAAUUCGAACGCUACCUCUCCGCUGGAUCCCAACACGGACGUCGACAUGAUGGAUGACAUGCAACUACCGGACAGCGCCAGUCCCCAAAACAAGACACCGGGGAGGAGGAAACCUGCAGCACCAAGAAGUGGCGGCUCGCUUGCCAAAGUGAAGCAGAGUCCGAUUCAAAAGGCGACCAAGCGAAAGUCAGGAACGAUGUUGUCGUCGCUUGCCCCUACCAAAGAGCUGGAAUGCAUGGCCGAGCCACCUCGAUCGGCAAGCUCACAGCCACGUUCUGUAGUUCUGCAAAUGGCUCGCACAAACAGCUCUGAGGAUGGCAGCAUUAGUCCAGAACCGCUCAUGAGCGCGCCAAUCAUGGGCCCGCCCCCUCGCCCUGGAUCUGCCCUUGGAAAUUCGCCCAUGCUCGCAAGUCAAUGUUUUGAUGCCCCUGCUGCUGGAGCACCUGGGAAAGCAGCCACUCCCAAGUCGCUGCUACAGUCAAAGGGCACUGGCCAAACACCAAAGUCUGGAUCGAAGUCCACAGACGGGCGACCAGCAAGUGGCGCAGAUGAUCAGACAGAAUUUGAAGAGCUUCAACUACCAGCUGCGGCUGCAUCAGAUGGCAAUGUUCGACCAUCGCUCCCACAGCUGAAGACACAAGUCCGCGAAGUCUCAUCGGAUGGCACGCCUCGGGUUCCAGCACGCAAGACCCCUAAGCUUGGCGCGUCGAGCACUCCUGCAUCUGCACGAGCUGGCUCUGCGGUAGCAAGUCCAUCUCUCGUAGGAUCUCCUAUGACCGCUUCCACUCCUGGUGCGCUGCUGAAGGACAAGAAGCCCGACGCGAAGGGUGCGAGGAGCAAGAAAAGGGGAAGCGUCAGUGGAAGUGGUUCAACCCUCGUUUCACCUGCUCUGCGGCCUAGAAUCAGUCCUAGCAUCAAGCCUCUGCUUCCAGAGGGUGGUAAGUCAACACUGUCACCUUUCUCCAACCUCCACGCUAACUGACGUCGCAGCGUCUCUGCAAUCCCCCACACACGCUCUCCUCUUGGCUUCAAAAUCCAACUAUCAAAACCUCCUCGAAGGUAACCAAUUGCCUGGAGUGCACUACCCCGAAUCUCUCUCGACUGGUCUUACCUCCAAACGCACAUCUCACAAGGUGGCCGAGCAAGGCCGACGCAAUCGUAUCAAUGAAGCUCUCAAGGAGAUGCAGUCUCUUCUUCCCAAGGCUGCCACCAUGCAGGGCGCAAAGGAGCAUAGCAAUAGCGAUGGCACUCCGGAAGCUCCAGAGACCCAGGAAUCGAAAGAAGAAGCUGCUGUCAAGAGCAACAGCAGCAAAGCGGCGACUGUGGAAAGCGCAAACGAAUACAUCCGCAGACUGCAGAAGGAGAACGAAGAUCUCCAGAAGAAGAACAAGGAGCACGAGAACAGGCUGAGAAAGCUGGAGGGGCAAGUCAACGGUUCUUGUACUUCCUCGGAGAAGAGUGCGGCAAGCCCGAUGGACGCUUCGACUUCGUGA